AUGGCCUCCGAAAUCUCCUUCGCCAAAGCCUUCCUCUCCGCUUUGGACAGCCGACCCAUCAAGCUCCGAGCCGACUAUGUCCACGACGACCCCAACGCCCGCAUACCGCACCUCCUCCCCCGCCUCCAACCCCCACGCCCGACCACAAUGCCCAAGAAGAAAACCCCCGCCGCGGCCGCUCCGGGCUCCUCGAAAUCCAUCACCGUGGUCCUCAAAUCCGCCCGCAACCCGGCGCUGGAACUCAGCCUGCCCAACGUGCCCCUCGCCACGACGACCGCCACCGACCUGAAGGAUGCGGUGCGGGCGCGGAUCGUCGAUGCCACAUCCCAGAAACCCGCGCUCGAGAAGAUCAAGAUCCUCUACCGCAAGAAGCCCGUCACGGGUAAUAAGACGCUAGCGGAGAUGUUGAGUGAGGAGCCGGCGCUGUUGGUGGGUGGGAAGGAGGUGGAGGUUGCGGUUAUGGUGUUGGGGGGUGGGAGGGUUGUUGCUGAUGCUGACGCGGAGGGGGAGCAGGAGGGGGAGGGGAAGGUGGAGGAUGCUGCGGCAGCAGUGGAGUCGGUGAGCAAGCCGGCGGUUGGGCCGAGUGGGGAGGAGGUGGUGAAGACGGAGGCGUUUUGGGAGGAUUUGCAGGGGUUCUUGGAGCAGAGGAUUAAGGAUGCGGAGGAGGCGAGAAGGCUGAGGGGGUUGUUUCGAGAGGCGUGGGAGGGCGGGCGGAAGUGA